AUGCCACGGCAUCCUAACGAGUGGCUACCGAGAGGGCUAAUGACUGCUGAGUCGUUCGCUGGCCAUGUCAAAAAGAUAGCAGAUAAUGCCGACAUAUCGGACAAAGAAGACGCGCUCGUCUGCCUAGCGUUGGGCGGGCGCAUUAGUUCCCCGGGCGAGCCGGGCACCCUUCUCGUACAAGUCGUACCUCCAGCUUCCAUCACGGGGCCGCCAGCGGCGGGCAGAAUGCUUGAGGACAUCAUGGGCACCUCGGUGAAAUUUCCCACACGGCAUGGUUUGAACAUAUACAAAUGUCCACCGGUCGCCCCGGACUUGUUCAAUUGGCUCAAUCUUACCAAGGACAUCGACAACGCGGUAUGUAGAAAGCUCCCAAACCCUUAUAACCCUUAUAAAUAUCUGAUUGGUUUGCAGAAUGGAACGUUUCCGGAUAUUCCUAUUCACGAAAUCCCUCACGUCAGAUUCGGCUUCGCUAGCCGGCUGACUAUCUGGCUAUGUUUGCCAGAGCUAUACUACGCCGGGGGUUCAUCGCGAGUACUACUUCCUGACAUAUGGGACAUUCACACAACGCUCUCCGCCGCCUUCACACAGUGCGGGACUGAUCAAAGACUUCACCGACAUGCUGCACCUACUUCUUUCUCUGAGUUCUUAUCUCUGCCGCCUCUGCAGCUCCGCCGCUUCAACUCCCCAGUGGAGCUUCCCCCGCAGAAUGUCGAAGCCUUUUUGCAGCAUCUUCGAGGUGCUUUAGCUGUCGACAGCCGUUUCAAAAACAGCUUCUUCGCAUAUCACCUUAAGCCUGAAGCAAACCAGCUGUGCCACAAUUAUGACAGCGAGGCCACCAGAGAGUACGAGUCGAACAAAGCCACCGAACCUUUGGAGAUGCUGAUAACAAAUGAAGAUUUUGAGGGCUGGGUAGGAAGAGUUUCAGUCACUUUUCGCAAGGACAAUCAAGCGUUGUUAUGGCAGCCGCAAGCACUCGAACACUGUAUCGACAUGUUCUUGCCUCGCAUGGACGGUUCAAUGAAGGCCGAGCUCUCUCAAAAGAAGAAAUCGACGUCGGGAGCUUUCACCUAUGCGCUGGAAGACACUACCCUUGACAUGUCACCCGGGGAGGAUGGGAUCUUGCGCAUCGAAUUCAAGACCCACACUGAGGCUGAAACAGCAAAACUCCCUGGCUGGAAAGUGUUCAGGCCAGAAGAUACAUUUCCGCAGCGCAUGCCAAAACUUUUUGGAGCCACAUUAGCAGCUCAGUCUCAGUGCUUCAAACUUGCUUCUCAAGCUUCUGGAGAUGCCUCAGCAACUCUAGCACUUCACAUCAAGCUCAUUCACCUGCAAGAUGCGCUAGCAGUGUUUCCUCAGCAAGAUCUAUUGCUGUAUCAAUUGCCACGCAAAGCCUGGUGGUAA